AUGGGCUUUCUUUGGAGUUUGUUUUCGAUUAAAGUUGCACUCGUUGCGGGCGCGGUAAAGCUAUCUAUCGACAGUGAUGUUUGGUCAUUGGACAAUGAAAAUGGCGCUAAUCUAUACAAUAACGUAAAGAGGUAUAUCUUGCCUGGAACAGUUGUUUUCCCAAAAAAAAUACCUUCCAUUGAUGAGGUUCAGUUGGAUGUCGCCCAAUGUUGGAACAAUGGAAUAGACAGGGUGAGUGCAGUAAAUAAAACGGCUAAGAUUGUGAUUAUAAAUAAAGCCUCAGUUUAA